AUGGAAGUGAUCAAUUAAAAAUGCCAUAAGUAUAGUGAAGGAUGGUCUGAGAGAGAAUUAUUAGCUAAAUAAAGUAUAAAACUAUUUGAGUUUUUAGAAUUGUCAACUAAAUUAACAAUUUUAACUUUACUUUUCGCAAUUGCAUUAAUAAUAAUAUCAUUAAUAUUUUUUAAUAAGUAUUCUUUUAUUAUAAUGAUGUUAUCAUUAACAUCUGCAAUAUUCUCUUUGAUAUUAUGUGUAAUAAUCUAAGCUAAUUUGCAUUUUAGGGUAUCAUAUUUUAUUGGUUUAAUACAACCACUGUAAAAACAUAAGAUGAUUAUCAAUAAUCACAUGAAGUGUUGGUUCUGGACUAAAGAUUUUCCAUUGCAGUAUUUUUGGGAUCCUUCAUAAAUAUUUUAUUUAACUGUUUUUUAUUGGUGUUGAUUGUUUUUUGGUAUAGGAUAGGCAAAGAUUUUUAUUUAGCAAAGCAUUAUGAUAGUUAAACAACUCCAUCUUCAUAUAUGAGUUAUUACAGUUAUGGAUUGUAUAUAGCAAUACCAAUUUUAAUUAUAAUUAGUUUAAUGUUAAUGUAUGUAGCAUUUACUAGUUAUGUCACUAUUUAAUAGAAGAAUUAAUUACGAGUAUGUAUCUAUGUCUUUUCUUUAACAACAAUAAUAAUCGCUUCAUUUACUAUUCUUUAUACAAAUUAAGUAUUAUCAGAUUUAACAAUCCCAUACGCUCCUGUUUCAUCAAAUCAUACAUUCACUAUAUUUUAGAUUUUAGCUGUUGGAAUAAUAAUCGCAGCUUUUAUAGCAUUUUUUUUAACUUUCCUUUAUAGAUAGGAUAUAUUUGAAACUGUAGGUUAUGCUAAUUUAAUAAUAAUAUUUUUGAUUGCUGCUUGUUCUUUUCAUGUAAUUAGACUUAGUGAAUAAGUCAGAACUACUUAUAUAAAUGAAUGCAAUUAAUAAAUGAGAAAUACGCAUGAAAGUUGGAUAAAAGAAAAUGCAUAAUGCAAUAAAUAUUUAGAAAACAAUGUUUGUGAUCCUCAAAACUAAGCUAUUUCAUGGGAAACAAAUUCAACUUAGAAAUGUUUAAAUAUAUCUUGUUGUAAUGCUUUUUCUGAUUCAAUGUCAUCAAAUUUAUUCAAAGCUGGAUUUUCAAUCUUAUUACUUGUAAUUAGUGGAUAUGCUUUAUCUAUGGCAUUGUUAUAAGUUGAUACAACUUUUAAAGUUUAAUAAAUACCAAAUAGAACUUUAGAUUGGAUAUUUGUAUUACUUGCAAUUAUCAUUAUUAUAUUUUCAUUUCUUUUAGUGUUUACUGUACCUAAAUUACCUCCUUUAAUUGAUAAUGUGAUUAUUGAGAAUCAAAAAGUAAUCCAAGCUAAUAAAAGUCCUCUUGUAUAUCCAACUGGAAUUGAAAAUGUAACUGGAUGUGAACCUUUCAUGAAUAUUUACAAAUAACAAAAUGAUAAUAAAGAUAUUGAAUUAAAAGGAAAAUCUAGAGUGACAAUUUUGGCCCCUAAAAUGUAAGUUGUUGUGACAGAAUAUGUCAAUUCUCCAAAUAUAUCAUAUAUCCCGAAAUUGAUGAUUAAAAAUAUUCUAUAUCCUUAAGCAAAUGAUGUUACAGAUGGAAUGUUUGGAGUUUAAGGAAACAAAGAUGAAAUUAAAAAUAUUUUACAAAAUCAUGUUCAAAUUUGUAGCUAAGGAGAUAAAAAAAUACAAGUUGAUAUUUAUGAAAUUGAAACUGCCACAAACAAUAGGUUAUUAUGGUAAUAGCAUAGAAACCAUUAAGAAGAAAAAAGUUUCUCUUAGAAUUAAAAAGAAUACAUAAAUAAUCUUAAAUUUACAAAUCUUUAAGUUAAUAUUAUUGACAUCUAAACUGGAUAAGAAUUAAAUGAUGUCAUUUUAUAUUUCUAUAAAAAUGAAGACGAUUGUGGAAAAAUUAAGCCAAUUCCAUCUAGAUUGAGUAAAUUAUUUAUUUAUUAUUAUUUUUAGUCACAGUAAAUUAAGAUAGCAUUCUAUACAAUAUGGUUGUAAAAGAAUAUUAUUUUGGGGCUGAAAAAAAAGGUUAUUAUUUAUAUUGUAAUAAAUUCAAAAAUACUGAACAAACCAAAAGCCUUUGAAGCAA